AUGUUCAGGAACCAGUACGACACGGACGUUACUACAUGGAGCCCUGCUGGCCGAUUAUUUCAGGUGGAGUACGCGAUGGAGGCGGUCAAGCAAGGCUCCGCUGCAAUAGGUCUCCGAUCCAAGACCCACGUGGUCUUGGGCUGCGUCAACAAGGCUAACUCCGAGCUCUCCUCUCACCAAAAGAAAAUCUUUAAGGUCGACGAUCACAUCGGCGUUGCAAUCGCCGGUUUAACCGCUGACGGCCGUGUUCUCUCUCGGUACAUGCGAUCCGAGUGUAUUAACUAUGGUUUCACUUACGAAUCUCCGCUCCCGGUGGGCCGCCUCGUGGUCCAGCUCGCUGACAAGGCUCAGGUCUCUCAUAUUCAAGCCCUAACUUUUUAA